GCAAACUAAUGGGUUGAGAACCAUCAAGUGUGUAGAUCCUUCACAAUUCACUAGAUUCGUGGACUCUGCUACAGGGGGAGAAAUCCCCAAAGAAGCCAUUUACGACCCGGAUAAGCUGCUAAAAUACUGCACCCCUCUAUCCAAGAAACAACGCCGUAGCAUCAACAACUACUGCGGGACCUUCCUAUCAAUGCACUCCACAUCAUUACUAAACCCGCAGGAGUUUAACCUCUGCGGCGAUGGUCCCAGCGACCCCAACUUAGGUUUUUACGAUAUUCGUGUCGUGAACAAAGACCUUGAAAACAAGACACUUGUUUUCCCAGCUUAUGAUCUAUUAGUCUAUACUGCCCCAUGCUACAGAAAUACGCCACUGAGACUGGAAAAUGACUUACCUGUCCCUACAAGUGCCGCUGUCUUUGUUGAGGAGCAACGCAAAUUUGUCAAGCUAACUAGCCCGAACCAUGUUCUAAAUGAACAUGUUCCUACACGUCCCGAGUGUCAUGACGAACACGACAGUCUAAUGGAAUUCUUCUCUAGCGCAGGAUACAACACAGCAACCAACAUGUUGGAUGCAUGCAAUGUCGGCGACCGGACCUCCAGGUUCCGGUGGUUCUGCCUGGCCAGUAAGAAAACAAUUACGUCUUUUGAUACAGUUGAGAAGAUUGGCAUCAACAAGGCAAAGCUCCGAGGCAUCCCCGGCUACUACCUUUACCCAGCGAAUUAUCAUCCCCUAUAUGCUAAAAAUCUCAAGAGUACGUCUACAUCAGUAAUUAUGCUUCAAGUGAAUGGAAAACCGAACAAGCUAUUUAGUAAAUCACUCAUUCAGACCUCUCAGGGAGAAGGGGUAGACACCACUCGAUCAGACCCUAGGAAGACAUCUCAACCCCUUGCUCGCACCCAGAUUGUCGACAGUCAUGAAACUUCGGCAUCAGCCCCUACCAAUCCUGUUCAGGAACCUGAACCUCCACCAACUCGCGAGAGUCCUCCUUCUCACCCAAUUGGGAGUCCCAGUCAACAUCGUCCCUUCCAAAAGAAGUUAACGUUCCAGGACGUGACUCCUCCGAGAAUUAGACACACUCCUUUCUCUACUCCUGUGACAGAAGAGAUAUCAGAAUCACAGAGAAUGUCGCCACCAUCUGGGUCCGACUUCCUCGAGUCUGCUGAAAAGAGAUUAACUCGCAUGUUUAACUUUUAUCGGAUCAGGAACUCGGAGUCCCCCUUUGUUGAGACUCCAAAGUCUCCAGAAUCUACUGAGACCAUCUUUUCUCCUGGGUCUCCGCAACCGGAAUCAGUCCCUGCUGGCUAUAGGCAUCCAAAGCAUGGCGAUUACAUCAACCUCAGAAACAGAGAGGGCGGAUGGAACACGAAACUGAAAGUGAUACGCGGGAAACCACACAAGAUGUUCUCAGAGACUACUCCAGGCCUCGAAGUUGAUCCCAAAAAUAUCUCAGUAGUAGAGUGGGAAGAAGGAGUAAAACGUGCUGUUGAUGCUGUGUACAUCUGGGACUACUGGAAUGCCUCAAGCGGUCAAUUGCCUGACAAUUAUUGUAAAAGUUUUGAGUACAAUCUCUGUGGCGAUGGUCCUGUAAACACAGACGUCCUCAAACACCAUGGCUCUGACAACUCUUCCCCGUCCUCUCGUGCUAAGUUGAAUGUUGCUAAAUUGCUUUACAAGCAGGGAAUGGCAAAAAGAGCUACCAGGCUGGUGCAGGAUCACCACCGCCGUGGACUGUCACCACCUGUUCCUUCCUGUCAGACUAUGGUUGAUGUAGACCCCUCGUUUGCAACACCUAACGCCCCAUCUGCAGACUGGUCGCGCCUGUCUCGUGUGGUAGAAUUGCUCUGGAACAAAAAUGCUCUACAUGGAUCUUCAUUAUUGGCUUACGAUCCAGGGGGAGUAGAGAGAUAG